UCUUCUCUUGUCUCUUUUUUUUGCUAGACCUUCUCUUGUCUCUUUGCCCCAACAAGCCAAAGCAAUGGGUCCCGGUUCCUGCACCGAUUCCAGCUGGUGGGUGUUCACUCUCCCUGCUUUCCUCGGCGCCGACCCCCUUCUCUGCGACCGUUUCCUCCUGCUGUCAGCCCUGCUCGUGGCCUUGGUCUCAGCGGCCCUCCUGUCGUGGGCCCUCUCCUCCGGCGGUCCUGCCUGGGCCAACGGUAGGAGCCGCCGGGGCGUCGUCCCCAUCCCGGGCCCCCGUGGCCUCCCCGUCUUCGGCAGCAUCUUUAGCCUUACCGGCGGGUUGCCGCAUCGCGCACUCGCGUCCAUGGCGCGCGCCGGUACCGACGCCGCCACCCAGCUCAUGGCUUUCUCGAUCGGCUCCACCCCAGCCGUGGUCUCCUCCGACCCCGCCGUCGCCCGGGAGAUCCUCUCCCACCACUCCUUCGCUGACCGCCCCGUGAAGCGCUCGGCGCGGGAGCUCAUGUUCGCCCGUGCUAUCGGAUUCGCGCCGGGCGGGGCCUACUGGCGUCUCCUGCGCCGGAUCGCAUCGACCCACCUCUUCGCCCCCCGACGCGUCGCGGCCCACGAGCCUGGCCGUCAGGCUGACUGCGCGGUCUUGCUCGUGGCCGUAGCCGAGGACCAGGACCGCGCCGGCUCGGUCCGGCUCCGCCCGCACCUCCAGGCCGCGGCUCUGAACAACAUCAUGGGAAGCGUGUUCGGGCGGCGGUAUGAUGUGUCGUGGGCUGGCGGUGACCCGGAGGCCGAGAAGCUGAAGCAAAUGGUGAGAGAAGGGUUCGACAUCCUGGGGGCCUUCAACUGGUCCGACCACCUCCCCUGGCUCGCCCACCUCUACGACCCUUCCGGCAUCAAGCAACGAUGCGCCGCCCUCGUGCCACGUGUCCGGGAGCUGGUGAGCGGCAUCAUAGAAGAGCACAAGAAGGCCGGAGCCAGCCAGCAGGACAAUGCGGACUUUGUGGACGUGCUGCUCUCCCUCGAAGGUGACGAGAAGCUCAGCCAUGACGACAUGAUCGCCGUUCUAUGGGAGAUGAUCUUCCGCGGCACGGACACCACGGCGCUGCUGACCGAAUGGGCCAUGGCGGAGCUGGUCCUCCACCCGGACGUCCAGGCCAAGCUCCGCCGCGAGAUCGACGCUGUCGUGGGGGCCCACGGCACCGUCACCGACGCCGACGUGGCGACGAUGCAGUACCUCCAGGCCGUGGUCAAGGAGACCCUCCGGGUCCACCCGCCGGGCCCGCUGCUCUCCUGGGCCCGCCUGUCCACCGACGACGUCCAGCUCGCCAAUGGGAUGGUCGUCCCCGCGGGGACCACCGCCAUGGUCAACAUGUGGGCCAUCACCCACGACGCCAAGGUGUGGGCGCGGCCGGAGGAGUUCCUGCCCGAGCGGUUCAUGGCGGCCGAGGGGGGUGCUGACGUGGACGUGAGGGGCGGUGACCUCAGGCUGGCUCCCUUUGGCGCCGGGCGAAGGGUGUGCCCCGGGAAAAACCUUGGCAUCGCGACCGUUGGCUUGUGGAUCGCCAGGCUCGUCCACCACUUCGAGUGGGCCCCGGCUGACGGCGCACCGGUGGACCUCAGCGAAGUCCUCAAGCUGUCGUGCGAGAUGACCAAUCCGCUCACCGCCGUCGCGAUUUCAAGGAAGAAUGUUAUGCUCUGUUAAGGACCUUCUCCGUCUUUACGUAUGUUUAAAUAAGUUUGUAGCGGGGGAUGGGCGGACUCCGCUUUGUAGUGUUUGCUUUGGAGCUUCUAGUUUGAAAGUUCUAGGUAAGUAUUUGGUGUGUUAGCGAGAGGAGGACAACGGUGUUUAUAUAUGUUUUUAAAUAUAAUAAUAGCAAAAUAUUGUUAUGAUU